AAAAACGUCAAUAAUACCGCAAAGCACCACGGGAGUUUUCUACUUUGACAACUGACUUUAUUUAGACAUGAUUUAGACAAUCUCAUUAACAUGAUCAAUAACGAAUCAUCUUGUGGUUUCAAAUCCAAAACUAAAUAAGAUGGAUAGACCACUAAAAACUGAACCAAAAAGCUGCAUGCAAAUCAGUUCAAACAGACAGUUUUCUGAUGAUGAGGUGAACCAAGAAGUUCCUCCAAAUUACACAGCUAAAGUAACUGUACAAAAUCCAAGAAGAAAACCAGAACCAUCAUGGAAAAUAGCCAGACCUCAACCCCAGUGUUUACCAACAUAUAAAGCUAGUGAGGAAUUUAACUGGCAAGCUAAUCAAUCUAGUGUUCGAGAAAGAAAUGCUGUGAUGUUUAACAAUCCUCUCAUGGCUGAUGUCUACUUUAAAGUUGGAACUGUCCCUCAUCAACAGAAAAUUCCAGCACACAAGUACAUUUUAGCAACAGGCAGCUCAGUGUUUUAUGCUAUGUUUUUUGGUGGACUUGCGGAUGCAAAGCAUGUAAUUGAAAUUCCAGAUGUUGAACCUCAAGCUUUCCUUAAUCUUCUCAGGUACUUGUAUUGUGAUGAAAUACAUUUGGAACCAGACAAUGUAUUGGCUACUCUGUAUGCAGCUAAGAAGUACAUAGUACCUCAUUUGGCCAGGACUUGUGUUCGAUAUCUAGAAACAAGUCUCAGUGCACAUAAUGCUUGUAUCUUACUCAGUCAGGGGAGACUAUUUGAAGAACAAGAACUGAUGCAGCGAUGCUGGGAAGUUAUUGAUGCUCAAGCUGAGGAAGCACUAAGAUCUGAUGGAUUCACUGAAAUUGAUGUCAAUACAUUGAAUACUGUCUUAAGCAGAGAAACUCUCAAUGCUAAAGAAAUCUCUGUAUUCAAUGCAGCUUGUCGUUGGGCUGAUGCCGAAUGCAAAAGACAAAACUUAGAACAAUCUGCUGAAAAUAAAAGGAAAGUUUUAGGCGAUACUUUGUUCAAAAUUCGCAUUCCUGCAAUGUCCUUAGAGGAGUAUGCCAAUGGACCAGCACAGUCUGGUGUAUUAACAUUACAAGAAACAAAUAAUCUUUUUCUAGACUAUCUUGCCAAGAACAAACCAGAACUGAAAUUCAACAAGAGAAAUCGAUCUGGCUUAAAGCCUUUCAAAUGUCACAGAUUCCAAUCUUCAGCUUAUCGAAGUAAUCAAUGGAGGUAUCGUGGACGAUGUGAUAGUAUACAGUUUGCUGUUGAUCAGCGAAUAUUUAUUGCAGGUUUUGGGUUGUACGGAUCGAGUAAUGGGGCAGCUGAAUAUCAAGUGAAAAUUGAACUCAAGAAAAACGGCAUAGUGCUUGGUCAAAAUAUUACUAAAUUUUUCUCUGAUGGAUCUAGUAAUACGUUUGAUGUUAUGUUUGACAAUCCAGUACAAAUCGAAUCAGAUAUAUUUUACACUGCUAGUGCUAUUUUAGAUGGAGGUGAACUAAGUUAUUUUGGACAAGAGGGGUUAGCUGAAGUUCAAUGUGGGAAAGUGAAUUUUCAGUUUCAGUGUUCAUCAGAUAGUACAAAUGGAACUGGAGUUCAGGGUGGACAAAUUCCAGAAAUCAUAUUUUAUUGUUAAAAUUUAUAUUUAAUGUAACAUGUAUGAUACAAAAUUUAUUAUAUU